AUGGUCGGUGUAUUUUUUAGAAAACAACUUAGACAGGUAAGAUCAUAUCGUUCAAAACAUCAAGUAUUGAGCCUGCUUUGCCUCACACUCCUAGUAGUAGGCAUCUAUCGAAUAUAUAACAAUAUGUUAUCAAAGCAAGAAAUCCAUAUAGAUCUGAAACCCGUACAAGAUACAAUGAAAAGUACAGAGGACUACAAAGAAGGUUGGAUAACAGACUAUCCACAAAUCGAAAAUAUGAUAAUUUUACCAUGCCAUUCUGUUUUUGCACCGGAGUUAAACGAAGCUAAAGAUUAUCCAAAGGAUGACAGAUUUGCAAUAGGAAUGGAUCCGAAUAACUGGCUAAUGGCAUCGUUCCAGAAGAAAUCCAACGAUCAGUAUUCUUUUAUGAAACAUAUGGAACAUGCAUUAUUAGAGCUACACGCAAACAUUGGUAAUACUGCCUUAGUAGUAUCAGGUGGAUUUACAAAGCCUGAAAUUGAAAAGAGUGAAGCCUCUAGUUACUUAGAUAUGGCCAAAGCCGUUGGGUUUUUGAAAAACCCAUAUUUUCGAAUCGGUACAAAUAUUCUAUUGGAAGAACAUGCUAGAGAUUCCUAUGAGAAUGUACUGUACAGUUUAUCUACAUUCUAUAAAAAGUUUCAAAAGUUUCCAAAGAAGAUAACAAUUGUCGGAUUUGGUUUUAAGCGUGAACGGUUUUUGUCGUCUCACUUAACUACAUUAGGCUAUUAUAAACCAACUAAGGAAAUUAAGGGGAUGAAGGAUGAGGAAAAAUGGCCCGAUUCCGUCCAUGUUAAAUAUGCUAGCCAAGGCCCAUUUUUAGAAAAAUCAGAAAACCAAAGUGAUGAGGAAUUCAAGGUGUAUGAGUCAGAGUUUUGGGAUUCGCUUGGAAAGUCGGAAAGAGAAAAUGCUCUUGCGCUGUUCAAUGUCAAUCCAUUUGGAUCUAGAGGCUCUAAAUUGUACGAUAAAAAGAUAGCAAGAGAUCCAUGGAACAAAAGUCAAGAAAUUACCACCACAUACAAAACAAAUAAUGAGAUUCUAAAUACCUUGAUUGAAAUCAAUGAUUUAGAGUUAAAGGACGCUAUGGAACUAUACAAACAAAAAGUUGUACCAAGUUUCCCGCUCUACAUAGAUCAUAGAAACGGGAAUUAA